CGUGCAUAACUGCCGAUUCGCCGGCCACCCAGAAAGCAAUUUUUUUGUCUCUCGUCCUCGCCCCGGAGGCGGAGGUGCUAGUCCUUGGCUGCAGGGGCGCCAUAGAUCGAUCCUCCCGGGCGCCUGGAGAAGAAGGAAACAUCCCUUCCUUGCAUGGUGUUCUGCUGUUCUUCAGUCGUCCCAGAGGUACGCCCCAGCCUCUAUGAUCCCUGUGAUCCUGUGAACACAAGGUGUUUGUGGAAAUGCCUGUGAAGCAUCCAGGUUUACGUUUCUUCUCCGCGAAGAAGAAAAUUCCGGCUGAAAACGGUUACUGCUAUUAGUUGGAUUUCUUUUGGGAAAACUUGGUAUUUUCAGAAAUUAAGCUUGGGACAGUGAUGGUUGUGGUAGCAGUUUAGCAGUGGAGGGAAGCAGUGGGUUGGUGAAAGUAAGACUGUAUCCAAAGCUGAAUGGAGCAUUAUUGUACGGAGUAGCAGAUGGGCGAUGCUGUCACACGUUCAUUCAAGCAGAACUGCUGCCGAGCAAACAUAAGGCUUGUAAUCACACGCUUUGAAGAAGAGAUCAGGAGCGAAGAAAAGGAGUUGCCAAGAGGAAAGACAGGAUGGACGUUUCGGUGAACAGCAUGGGGAAAAUUUCUGAACUUGCGCUCAAGAUCAAUGUUGCAGUGGGUACUGUUAAGCAGAAUAAGGAUGUUUGCAUGCAGAUAGGAACGAGUGUGGAUAGACUUAGAGUUAUCCUGUCAUUGCUUGAGGCUACAGAGACCACGAAGCACCCGAAUAUGACAGCCCCAGUAAAGGACCUUGAAGGGAUCAUGGCUCGGGCCCUCAAGCUCCUCAUGGACUGCCAGGAGAAUCAAUUCAGUUCCCAUCUCUUCAGGGCUGGGUCACUGUGUACAGAGUUGAGUCAGGUAAACCAGGAAAUCAAGGAGCACAUGAACAUUGCAAACGUUGCUAGUGGUGUCCAGAUUGCUCAGAACUCCAUUAUGUUGAAGAAUGCACAAUACAUGCAACAUGGAGACCAUCCUUGGCCUCAAAAAGAUGUUCACCUGGCGCUUCCAAAGGAUGCAGCCGAGGUCGGGAGCUCGCAUAACAGUCACUCAAACAACGAGACUAGAUCUGAAGUGGAUGGUGAUAGAAAAAAUGAUCCAGCAGGAAGUGAGCAUUUUCUCAAAGAAUCAGCUGACUUAAAAAGGUUCGAAUUCUCUGAGAUGGAAGCUGCCACAAAUAACUUUUCACCAGAAAACAUGAUUGGAAGAGGUGGCAGUGCUAUCGUUUACAAGGGUGUAUUACCUGACGGAUUCGUUGUUGCCAUCAAGAGAUUUCGUGGGAGUCGAUCUUCACAAGGAGACAUAGAGCAUUAUGUUAAUGUUUUUUUAGUGCUGCCUCGUCACGAAAAUGUUGUCAGACUUAUAGGGUAUUGCCAGGAAACUACAUACAAAAUGAUGCCGUAUGACGGUAGACAGGUGUCAGCUGAAAUAACUAAUAUGAUGGUGGUCGAAGAGUACAUGCCGAAUGGAACGUUGUCCGAGACUAUUGAUGGGCGGUCACCACAGCUGCAUUGGUCCUCUAUAUUUCGAAUAAUAAGAGGCAUAGCACAUGGCCUAGCUCAUCUCCACUCCAACCACAUUAUACAUUUGGACUUGAAACCAGAAAACAUCCUCUUGGACUCAAAUAUCAAUCCUAAGAUCUGUGACUUCGAAGUAUCAAAAAUGCUGGAUCAAGAGGUCACUGAAAUAGUGACGGGAGAGUUUACAGGCACACUGGGCUAUAUAGCUCCGGAAUAUAUUGCUGAUGGUAUUAUCUCGGUGAAGAAUGAUGUCUACAGUUUUGGUCUCCUCCUUCUAUGCACCAUUAGAGGAACGAACAGGUCUGGACUUCGCCAACAUUCAGUUGAGUGGGCUUGGGACGUACGAGAAUCUCAGGAGAUGGGCAUUUUAUUUGAUUCAUCAUUAUGUGAUGACUCUCAGCUAAAGGAAAUCGAAAGAAGCAUUGAUAUUGGACUGCUAUGCACCCAAGACAAUCCGACAGCGCGGCCCACCAUGCCAGAUGUUCUCGAGAUGCUAAUCAUCAGGAAAAAGCUACCGUCACCAACGAAGCCAGGUUUCAUUAAAAAUAGAGUAAAACUGAUCAAAGAGAUUGUUCUAUAAGAUUACUAACCAGCCAGUAACCAGCCUAUGGCUAGUCCCUGUAUUCUCUUCUUGAUAAAAUUUAAGUUCGUGUCA